AUGGGGGUGGGCAGCAUCCUCUGGGAAUUUCCGAGCUUCCUCUGGCAGAACCUGGAUGCCAUUGGCUUUCUAGCAGUUCUCACGGUCCUCAUCUUCACUGGGUUGCUUGAGUGCUUCCAGCAGCGCUCCAAAGCAAGACAGAAUUCUGAGCUGGACUCGUCUCAGCUCCCGCUACUCCCUCUCAAGUCUUUGAGCUUGUACGAUGGCAAGCAGUCCCCGCUCACCUACUGCUGUGUGAGAGGUCGUAUCUACGAUGUCUCCAGCUCAACAAACUUCCAGGCAGGAUCCUCGUACAGCUUCCUGGCUGGAACGGAUUGCACCAUCGCCCUGGCAAAGAUGUCUUAUGACAAGGCACUGCUCAACAGCCUUCGUUUUCAGGACUUGCAGCCUGAAGAAUGGAAGGCUUUGGAGGGCUGGAUUGGCUACAUGGAUAGCAAGUACUCCUGCGUGGGCCGGCUCGAGGAGUAUGCUCGAUUUCUCGACGAGCAUGGCAUUAAUCGUUAA